AUGGCGAGGGAGUGGUUCAAGCCAGGGCGGUCCGUCCAGCUUGCCAUCACUUACACUUGCCUGUCGGCUUUUGUUCUUUUUGGCUGGGACCAAGGCGUCUUCGGCGGCUUGAUCACCAACCCCGACUUCCUCGACAUCUUUCACCACCCAGGCCCUGGAUUUCUGGGUAUUAUUGUCUCCAUCUACAAUGUGGGCUGCUUCAUCGGGUGUGCCAUCAACUUCUUCAUCGGGGCGCGCUUCGGCCGACGACAUGCGAUUUGGGCGGCCAUGUUCUGCAUCGCUCUCGGAGCUGUCAUCCAAGACUCUGCCUACUCAGUCCCCCAGCUGAUGGUCGGCCGCAUCAUCACCGGAUUUGGCGUCGGCAUCGACACCUCGACCGUCCCCAUGUAUCAGUCCGAGCUGUGCAAAAGAGAACACCGCGGCAGACUCGUCACUUCGGAGGUGCUGUUCACGGCCGUCGGCGUGUCGAUGGCCUACUUCUUCGACUACGGCAUGAGCUUCACCAAGGGUCCCAUCGCGUGGCGGCUCCCGAUUGCUCUUCAGAUACCGAUGGCAGCCAGUGUUGCGCUUUUGGUGGUGGGACUGCCAGAAACGCCUCGUUGGUUGAUCCAGCAAGGCCGCACGGACGAGGGCGUGGCGGUCUUGUGUAAAGUCUGGAACACCACACCUGAGGACCCCGUGAUCCAGACCGAGAAGAGAGACAUUCUGCAGGCCAUUGCUUUGGAAGAGGCCGAGCCGUUCAAAUGGGUCCGCAUAUUCAAGCGGGAUCCCGUGCAGACCGGCUGGCGCGUGUUUUUGGCAUGCCUAGUAUUGUUCAUGAAUCAGUGGGCGGGCAUCAACGUCAUCGUCUUCUACUCAGCGACUGUACUCGAAGUCAACGUUGGCCUCAAUCGCAAUACCGCCAUUGUUGUGGGUGGCUGUCUAAACCUGGCGUUCGCGGUCGGAUCACUGGUUCCAGCGCUGGGAGCUGAUCGCCUGGGUCGAAAGAAGCCCAUGAUGUUUGGAGCCAUCGGAAUGGGUCUUUCGAUGAUGGUGGUGGCCAUUCUACUGUCUUACAGUGGAACGGACAUAGGGAAGGCGACGGCCAAUGCUUCCAUUGCGUUCUUCAUUACCUAUAUGCUCUGCUUCGGUGCCAGCUUAAAUGCGAUUCCGUGGUGUUACAGCACGGAGAUUCUCCCACUGCGCCUUCGUGCCCAAGGAACUGCGCUGGCUGUAUUCAACAACUGGGUCUGGGUUUUCGUUAUUGUCCAAAUCACGCCUACACUGGUCCACAACAUCACCUGGAAGACCUACCUGGUCUUCAUGGCAUUCAACUUUGCCUUUGUGCCUAUGAUCUACUUCUGGUUCCCCGAGACCAAAGGCCUGGGUCUCGAGGAGAUCGACUACAUCUUCUUGAAGUCUGACCGCCUGCCCGAGGACCAGCGAGGACAGGUUGGGGCCCCGGUCGUGGGCGCCGAGUUGGACGGCAAGUCGCACUCGACCGAGAUUGAAACGAGGGAGAAGACCACCGUCUAG